UGGAGUGGUCUGAACUGAAAGUUCCAAAACUCGAACAGAGAACCAUGGCUGUCAACGUUUCAAUUCCACUCCCACGCAACGGUUUGUCCAUACACAAUCACUCAACGAAGCGCUCGUGUCUCACCACUUCACCUUCAACGCUCAGAAUUUCUUGCUCUGGAGUAGGUGAGUUAGAUGGAUCUGAGUGCAAGGGAAGGUUACUUAAUUUCAAUGGAAUCAAGAGUGUGGCCUGUGGUAUUCUUGCAGCUUGUGCUGUUACUUCUGCUGCAUUUCCUGUUACUGCUGCUAACCAGAGGCUUCCCCCAUUAUCAACUGACCCCAAUCGCUGCGAGCGAGCAUUUGUUGGCAACACAAUCGGUCAGGCAAAUGGUGUUUAUGACAAACCAUUAGAUCUCCGGCUCUGUGAUUUCACAAAUGAAAAAUCCAACCUGAAGGGCAAGACCCUGUCAGCAGCACUCAUGUCAGAUGCCAAGUUUGAUGGUGCUGACAUGACAGAAGUAGUAAUGUCAAAGGCUUAUGCGGUUGGCGGCAGCUUUAAAGGUGUAGACUUCUCAAAUGCAGUCUUGGACCGUGUUAACUUUGAGAAAGCUGAUCUUCAAGGAGCUGUAUUUAAGAACACAGUGUUAUCGGGCUCCACCUUCGAUGAUGCGAAGCUGGAAGGUGCAGUUUUCGAGGACACUAUCAUUGGUUACAUUGAUCUUCAGAAGCUAUGCAGAAAUAAGACAAUCGCUGAUGACUGGAGAGUUGAACUAGGAUGUCGAUGAUAAGCAAAGUCUUCUUCAUUUUCUUCAAUAUUUGUUUUUGUUAAGUUGCUAUGCCAUGACAUACACAUAUUUUGGUGAGGGUAACUAGUAGAUGUAUGCUGCGUUUGAAAGUAAAUUGAAUUGUUUGCUUUCCUUUUGUAAUGUUGCACUAUUCGAUUUGCUUUCAACUUACAAAUUGAAUGCAUUGGUAUAAUAAAAUACUUAUACAUAUUUGUUGUUAA